UCUUCUUUUUUUUUUUAAAAAAAAUCUUUUUCAAAAUUAUUUUUUUUUUCUUUUUACCCUCCUGGUGGAAGAAGGGAGGCUUUCCUACUUUAACAGACACUCUGGAGAAAAGUGUCAAAAGCUGGUGCAAAAUCCUCUAAGUUCAAGAAGACAUUGGAAGUCCAAGUGGCAAAGCAGUUUGGAGAAGUGAGGCAAAAAAGAUUUUUUUCUUCUUCCCUCUAAUCUUGUUUUUUUUGUUUUUGCUUUUUUAACUGAGGGAAUUUCAUCUAGUGAACGGCAACAAAAGAGUUCUUUUUUUUUUCUUCAUAACUUAAAUUCGAAAAAAAGAGUUUUUUUUUUUUUUAAAGAAGAUCAAAAUAAAGAAAACGAAGAGGAAAAGGAGGCAAGAAAGCAAGGAAAAAAAGACAAACAGAGGAGGAAGAGGAAGACGAGCAACGGUUGUGUCCCAGUCACCCCCUCUCCCAUCCCCCCCCCAACCCAGUGCAGCUCUCCGGGCGAUGCCAGUGUAAAUGCCAGGGCAAUGUCCCGCCGCAAGCAGGGAAACCCGCAGCACUUGUCACAAAGGGAGAUUAUCACACAGGCCGACCAUGUGGAAGCGGCGAUUGUCGACGAGGAUGAAAGCCUUGAAAUAGCGGAGCCGGGAGGCAUUAGCCUCUCUCCAGGUGGGACCGAUCCCGACUUGUUAACCUGUGGACAGUGUCAGAUGAACUUCCCCUUGGGAGACAUCUUGAUUUUUAUAGAGCACAAGAAGAAGCAGUGCAGCGGCACGCUAGGCUCCUGCUAUGAAAAGAGCCUGGAUAAAAGCAGUCCUCCCCCUUCAUCACGCUCCGAGCUCAGGAAAGUGUCAGAGCCAGUGGAAAUCGGGAUCCAAGUCACACCUGAUGAAGAUGAUCGCCUUCUCACGCCUACAAAAGGAAUUUGCCCCAAGCAGGAGAAUAUUGCAGGGCCGUCCAGGCCUGCAAAGCUGCCGGCGGCUCCCAUAGCUGCCUCCUCCCACCCUCACACAUCAGUGAUUACGCCACCUCUCCGCGCUCUGGCCUCUCUCCCGCCCUGCCUUAGCCUGCCCUGCUGUGGUGCACAUACAGUCUCAGUUGGCGGGCCUCAGACUGAGAGUCAGACUGAGACUUCAGGCCCAUUUGGAUGUCAUUGUCAGUUGUCAGGUAAAGAUGAGCCUUCAAGCUAUAUUUGCACAACAUGCAAGCAGCCUUUUAAUAGCGCUUGGUUCCUGCUCCAGCAUGCCCAGAAUACCCAUGGAUUCCGCAUCUACCUGGAAACCAGUCCGUCCAACAGUUCCCUUACUCCUCGCAUCACCAUCCCUCCUCCUCUGGGACCGGAGGCUGUUGCACAGUCCCCGCUGAUGAAUUUCCUGGGAGAUAACAACCCCUUCAGUCUCCUGCGGAUGACGGGCCCCAUCCUGCGUGAUCAUCCCGGCUUCGGUGAGGGUAGGAUCCCCAACACCCCUCCACUCUUCAGCCCUCCGCCUCGUCAUCACCUGGACCCGCACCGCCUUAGUGCCGAAGAAAUGGGGUUAGUCGCCCAACACCCCAGUGCCUUUGACAGAGUUAUGCGUUUGAACCCCAUGGCAAUUGAAUCGCCCGCGAUGGAUUUCUCCCGGAGGCUCCGAGAACUGGCGGGGAAUAACUCCACCCCUCCCCCAGUCUCACCCAAUCGCAGCAACCCUAUGCAUCGCUUACUGAACCCCUUCCAGCCGAGUCCCAAGUCACCUUUUUUAAGCACCCCACCACUGCCCCCCAUGCCUCCCAGCAGCACGACCCCUCCCCAACCUCAGGCGAAGAGCAAAUCCUGUGAAUUCUGUGGGAAAACAUUCAAGUUCCAGAGCAAUCUCAUAGUGCAUCGGCGAAGUCACACCGGCGAGAAGCCCUACAAGUGUCAGCUCUGCGACCACGCCUGCUCCCAAGCCAGCAAGCUCAAGCGUCAUAUGAAAACCCACAUGCAUAAAGCGGGCUCCAUGACGGGCCGGUCGGACGACGGGCUGUCCGCUACCAGCUCCCCUGAGCCGGGCACGAGCGAGCUGACGGGGGAAGGCCUGAAACCUGGGGAGACGGACUUCAGGAACGAGAGCGACCCCUCCCUGGGCCAUGACAACGAAGAGGAGGAGGAGGAGGAGGAGGAAGAGGAGGAGCUGGAGAACGAGAGCAGGCCCGAGUCGAGCUUCAGCAUGGACUCGGAGUUGAGCCGGAACCGAGAGAACGGGUCCAAGUCGCUCCCUGAUGAGAAGUCCCUGGUCCUGGGGAAAGUGAUUGAGAACGUGAGCCUGGGUGCCAUCCAGCAGUACAACGACAUGCUCGCUGAGAAGCAGAAGAGGAGCAGCUUCAUGAAAAGGUCCGCAGACCAGCGUGACCUCUGCCCCCGAGACUUGUGCCAGCGGGAUCCGGGCGACGAAGACUCCGUGGUGGGUGAGCUGGAGCGUCCGGAGGAAGGGGCCGUCAACGGGAGAAACUUCGGGCCUAGCGAGCCCUUCCCGGGACUCUUUCCCCGCAAGCCCACGCCCAUCACGAGCCCCAGCCUGAACAAUUCGUCCAAGAGGAUAAAGAUAGAAAAGGAUCUGGACUUGCCACCAGCAACGAUCAUCCCUUCCGAGAACGUCUACUCCCAGUGGCUGGUCGGGUACGCGGCCUCUCGGCACUUCAUGAAGGAUCCGUUCCUCGGGUUCACGGACUCCCGACAGUCCCCGUUCGCCACCUCUUCCGAGCAUUCUUCGGAGAACGGCAGCCUGCGUUUCUCCACCCCGCCGGGCGACAUGCUAGACGGGGGCCUCUCAGGGCGCAGCGGGACCGCCAGCGGGGGCAGCACCCCCCACAUCGGCGGGCCCGGCCCCGGCCGACCCAGCUCCAAGGAAGGGCGGAGGAGCGACACGUGCGAGUACUGUGGCAAGGUCUUCAAGAACUGCAGCAACCUCACCGUGCACCGUCGCAGCCAUACCGGCGAACGGCCUUAUAAAUGUGAGCUCUGCAAUUAUGCCUGCGCUCAGAGCAGUAAGCUCACCCGCCACAUGAAAACGCACGGCCAGAUAGGGAAGGAGGUGUACCGCUGUGACAUCUGCCAGAUGCCAUUCAGCGUAUACAGCACGCUGGAGAAACAUAUGAAAAAGUGGCACGGAGAACACUUGCUGACAAACGAUGUCAAAAUCGAGCAGGCGGAAAGAAGCUAAGCUCUUCUCUGCCCCCCUCCAGUCCCCGUCCCCCUACCCCUCCCACCCCCCGACUUAUCCUCCGCUUCCCACAUUCCCCUUUUUCCCCUUCCCUUUCCACCCUCCUUCCCCCCGCCCCCACCGUAACUGGGUUAAAUCAGGGGUCUAGGUAACAUUUAAUUUGUACAGUUUAACUAUUGCCAACUGAGAAAAAGCUGACCUAACUUGCCUCCGAAAACAUAACUUAGCAUACCUAUGGUAGGUGCCAGAGUUUGGCCCUUGAAUCUAACCUGUGUCUACAAAGUUCUAUAAAACCUGAGGGUUGAUUAAGGCAGUAAAAAUAAAAAUGUGGAGCCUUUUAACUGUGCAAUAAUUUCUGUAUUUAUUGGGUUUUUGUAAUUUUUUUUGGCAUGUGCAGGUACUUCUUUUUUCUUCUUCUUCUUCUCCUUCUUUCCGUUUAAAUUUCUUUGAAAAUUUUGUUGGGUAUCCCUUAUUACUUUUACCCAGAAGUAGCCUGAGAUUACUUGCAUUGUAAGGGAGAAGCAUAUCUUUUAAAUUAUGAUUUUGGGGCCGCUGCUUUUUUUGGAAAUUUAAGCUAGCAUGUGUAAUUUCUUGUGAAGAAGCCAACACUUAAGUAACUUUUAAAGUUGUUGUUUUUUUAAAAAAAACUGAAAGAAAAGAAAUGUGAAGAUUAGAAAAAAUGUUCAGCGGAUUACAAUCUUUAAAAUUGUAGCACUUUCUUUCGGAAUUUGGAUCUGAUAUGUAGCACUGAUGAUGUCAUUAAUGACAGAGGCCUUUUCUGUGUAGAUUUCAAAAGGAUAGUGAUGCGACCGAAAAGACAGACAACAAAUCCCUAAGCCCCAUAAACAGCCCAGCGGGAGAAGCAGGUUUAUUUGAAGGCAGCUAUGUGAAAUGGCCAAUUGUCAUCUUGGAUUGUGCUUUGUGGGCGGAUAUUGUAGUGUUGUAUGAUUGUUGGUCUGUCCUGAGAUGCCGCCAUUUUGUCACUUGCUUUGAAUUCCCCACUUGAGGUAGGAAACCAUCCUAGGUAUGAUGAAAGUACUUUUGAUAGAUCGUAGUAUCCUCCCUACAAAACGAAGGAAAUGACAUGCUUUCAGUCUGCUAGUUUAGAGCAUUCAGCUCCCUAAGUCAUUGGAGUUAGUUAGAUACAUCUUCAAGGACUCAGUUGAAGCUUCUCAGUCUGACAGAGUAGUGUGUUUGAUGUUCUCUUGGUAGAAGGAAGAAAUUAGUGUUAUCUCAUAUAAGGCACGUCGAUGUGACUGGAAGAAGAAAGUCAAAUAAUUCUGGGAAUUUCACCUCGAUAGUAGAUGAAAAGUUAGGGUUAAAUGCACCCAGCUCUACUUUCCUAUUUUUUUCCCAUCCCAUUAGGACGAAUGGAAACAGACAGCGGACAAUUAAGGUUAGACAUUUGAAUUAUGUUGACCCGCACUUUAAAACUUUUGUUUGCAUUUAAAUAAAUGGCUUCUGAACAAGAAAUUGCAGCAUAUUCUUCUACUUGGCCCAGCGGUGGGUUAAACUGUAAGGUAACAGCUGAGAUUAAGUGUCAGUGUUGCUAAGCAUGGCAUUCACAAUACUGGCACUAUAAAUGAAAAAAAUUAAACAAAUAAUAAUUUAUUGGACAGUUUUUCUACUGCCAUUCAAUUUGAUGUGAGUGCCUUGAAAACGGAUCUUCCUAUUUGAGUCUCUUGAGACAAAUGCAAAACAUUUUUGUGAAAUGAAAAGACUUUUAAAAAAAAGUGAAACAAGAAAAGUACAUUCUUUAGAAACAAAAAAAAAGCCACAUUUACUUUCAAAAAAAAAAUCCUGGUUGAAGAUAGAGGACGUGAAAAUGCCAUUUGGCCCAAUCAAAAGAAGAUGUAUACCCAGCACAACUUCGGACACCUGCGAGCUGAGCUCUACUCAGUCCCUUUUGUUUCAGGACAACGCUGCUUAGAGAAUGGAAUGGAGAUGAUUUACUGCUGAAUUAAAACUCAAAUGACACAAGUUACAAGUUGUUAUCGUUGAAUGAAAAAAAAACAAACAAUUCAGGAACAAUGGCUAAUUUUUUUUAAAAGUUAAAUUUAGUGCACUCUGUCUUAAAAUACGUUUACAGUAUUGAAUACAUACAAGGGUAAAAAAAAAUUGUGUGUAUGUGUGUUUGAGCGAUCAUUUUUUUUUCAAAGUUUGCUUAAUAGGUUAUAAAAAAAAAUGCCAGAAUGGCCAUGUGUAUAUUGUUUUCUUUUGGUGACGGGGUUUUAGUAUAUAUUAUAUAUAUUAAAAUUUCUUGAUUACUGUAAAAGUGGACCAGUAUUUGUAAUAAUGGGGAAUGCCUGGGCAUUUUACAAAACCAGAAAAAAAAAAAAAAACCUUUUCCUUUCCUUGAAAAUGUUGCAGUAAAAUUUAAAUGGUGGGUCUAUAAAUUUGUUCUUGUCACUGUAACUGUAAAGUCUGAGUUUUAGUAAAUUUUUUUCUGCCUUGGGUGUUGAAUUUUUAUUUCAAAAAAUGUAUAGAAACUUGUAUUUGGGGGUUAAAAGGGGAUUGCUACACCAUGUAGAAAAAGUAUGUAGAAAAAAGUGCUUAAUAUUGUUAUUGCUUUGCAGAAAAGAAAAAAAAAUCACAUUUCUGACCUGUACUUAUUUUUCUCUUUUUUCCCACCCCUCUGGAAUGGAUAUUGAUAUUGGUUGGUUCAUAUGAUGUAGGCACUUGCUGUAUUUUUACUGGAGCUUGUAAUUUUUUAUCUGUACGCUUGUCCUUUUAAAGGGAUUUAAUGUACUUUUUUGUUAGUGAAUUUGGAAAUAAAAAACAAAAACGAACAGGCUGCCAUAAUAUAUUUUUUUAAUUUGGCAGGAUAAAAUAUUGCAAAAAAAAAUUUGUAUGUUAAGUCCUAUUGUACAGGAGAAAGGGUUGUUUGACGACCUUUGAGUAAAAGAAACAAAACGAAGUAAUUAAACGCUUUGGUUCACAAAUCAUUUUAGUUGUAUAUAUUUUUGUCCGAAUUGGCCUACAAAAAGUACUGUUCCCGCAGGGCUCUAAGAACUCAUCCAUAGCCUGGACCUUGCAUCAAGGGUAAGCCAGGUAUGGCCACAUCAGACUGGUUGGUAAUUCCUUAUUCCUGUUCAGUGCAAAUCAGUUUACAUAAAGAAAUCGGAGUCACAUUCCAUGAAAUACCCUUUCUAGAUGAGACGGUGUCCCUGCAAAUUGUAUGAGUUGAGAGAGCAUCUCAUUUUUCUGCUGCCUCUGCCACCACCACCACCACCGCCACCACCACCUCUCCUGCCCUCAAAAAACAGACGACAUGUACUCUUUCAAAGAGAGCUGUUGCAUCCGCUUGACACAGGUAAAGGGAUCCGCUAAAUGAGAGUAAUUGUAAUUGAGUUUUCAAAUCAAAGUGAUCUGGGCACAGCCCUCCCUCCGUAUCAGAACAGGACCUAUUUCAGUGGACAGGUCUUGCCAGCCCGUUGAUUAUCUGCUUUGCUGCUGUUCACUCCUAAUUGUAUAUUCCAUACAUUUCUGAAUGUUCAAGGGACUGGGAUGAAAGUCUCUAUUAAUAGCGCUCCCUCUCUCUUUGUCUCCUCCUCUCCCUCUGUGUUUACCACCCUCUUCCUGUCUCUCUCCCCCCUCUUUCUCUUCUCCCGUGUUUUGGUAAAGCUGAAAAGCCUGAAUGGAGAGAAGUAAAGAGGUUUUAUAUGUAUAUAUAUGUGUGUGUAUAUAUAUAUAUAUAUAUAUAUGUGUAUAUAUAAAUAUAUAUAUUCACACAUAUACCUAUAUAUAUAUGUGUAAAGGGAGACUACUUUCUAAAAAUGCCAGUUUCUGGAAACCAUUAUUUCACACAAAGAAAGCAACUCCUAUUAACCUUAUCAGUAAUAACCCCGCCCCCUCCCCCCAUAAAGAUACUCCUGUUUUGGGGUGCAUAUCUUUCAGCAUGCUCCUUCCCAAUGGCACUUGCUUUUACUGUUCAAAAGCAUAGGUCAUCUGUAGAUCUCCUAGUGCUUUAUCACCUUAAAACAAAGUUUAGCAUUUCAUUUUUUUUGUGUACUAUAAGGUUCCUCGGGGAGCUCUGCUUACCUGUUGUUUUUCUGAAAGUAAGGGCAGUUCACACCAGCAAUUGUUGUAUAAUGGCAUAAAUUCACCCACCAAAAAGUCAACAGAAAACCAUCCAAAGGAACAAGGGUUGUGCUUGUUUGGGCUAUGGUGAAAAGUGAAUUCCAGUGGUUCCACUGGGAGAAAGUAGGCUCUGAGCACAAUACAACCCAAUAGGCCAACAGUUAAGUACUCUCACUGCCCUAGCUCUGAAGAUAUGCUAAGUUUCAAGAGUUACAGUUGCAAUGAAAACUUUCCAAAGUUGGAAUUUCCCACUUCUUUAUGGGGAGAGGAGACUAAAUUAAUAGAAGCAAAAGGUAACACAAAGCAACAAACACAAAAAUAACAUUUCAUCCCAGUCCUGAGUUUAAGACAGUCCAAGGUUUUGUUUAUCACAGGCAAACUCAUUUUUAUGGUGCUCUUUGUAUUUUAGAACUGCAAAGCAAAGUAACAUUGAUUUAAGUUGUUUGCAUUUGUACCGGCAAGGCAAAAUAUUUUUAUUACCUUUUUCUAUUACUUAUUGUAUGAGCUUUUGUUGUUUACUUGGAGGUUUUGUCUUUUACUACAAGUUUGGAACUAUUUAUUAUUGCUUGGUAUUUGUGCUCUGUUUAAAAAACGAGCACUUUUUUUUUAUUAUGGAUAAAAUGUUGAGAUGACAAGAGGUCAUUUCAAUAUGGCUUAGUGAAAUAUUUAUUGUUCCUUUUAUUCUCUGUACAAGGUUUUUGGCCUCUUUUUUCCCUUAAUGUCACAAUGUUGAGUUCAGCAUGUGUCUGCCAUUUCAUUUGUACGCUCGUUCAAAACAAAGUUUGUUCCAGUUUCAAGUUAUAAAAAUAAAUUGGACAUUUAACUUGAUCUCCAAA